AAGGAAUUCUGACUUUUCUGAUCUUAGCAAAGCUUGGUAUAUAUGAGCCAGGAUUGUUGUUGUUGUUUUGGUUAGAGUGUUCAGUUAAGCUCAUUUUGUUUGUGUUGCUCACUCGCCCCCCAUCAUCUUCUAUUUACGAGAUUACAAUUUACAGAUACUCCUUGAAUUGGUUGGAUGAACAGAAUGCUUGUGUCUCUUUCUUCACUACCAUUUUCUCUGAGCUAUGAGGGUGACUGCCCCCUCUUUAAUCCUAUAUUCCUCCGGAGCAUUUCUGCUUCGCUUCACUUGCUUUUGUUGCUCCUUAUUGUCCUAGUUUGGAUGUUCAAGAAAAUCGUAAACACUCAAAACUACACAAAACAAAAAGAUCAUAAAAAUGCCAGAAUGUUGUGCUACAAACAAACCAUCUCCUCUUGUUUGAGUCUCUCACUGUUCAAUCUUGUUCUCUGUCUAUUAACUCAAUUUUACUGGUACUCAAGUGGUUGGUCUGAGGAAAAAAUUCUAACUUUUUCGGAUUUCUUAAUAAAGGCUGUUUCUUGGUUAGUAAUCUCUGUUGUUUUACACACCCAAUUCUUAAACUCUGUUGAAAACAAGUACCCGCUUGUUUUGAGAGCUUGGUGGGGGUGUUUCUUUGCACUGUCUUGUUAUUGCUUAGUAGUAGACAUAUUUUAUCACAAAAAGAACAAAACUUUAUCAGCACAGUUUUGGGUUUCUGACCUAGUGUCCACUGUCAUGGGGUUGUUCUUCUGUUCUGUGGGAUUUUCAGGUAAAAAGGAGGCUGUAGGUGACCUUCUUAAGGAACCCCUGUUGAAUGGUGGAGAAGUGAAAUUACCUUCUGGGAAUGAAUCUGUUACUCCUUAUUUCAGUGCUAGCCUUUUCAGUACACUUACUUACUCAUGGAUGAACCCUCUAAUUUCUCUUGGCACCAAGAGAAUAUUAAACCCUGAGGACAUUCCUCAACUUGCUGGUUUGGAUAGUAUUAGAGGCAUUUUUCCAAUUUUAAGAGAUAAGCUAGGAUCUUCUAGUGAGGGGGGUAGAAAAUUGACUACAUUUAUGCUGGCAAAGGCAUUGAUUUUCACUGUUUGGAAGGAAAUUAUGUUAUCUGCCAUUUAUAUACUCCUAUAUAAAUUGCCCACUUAUGUUGAAGCUUAUCUCAUUAAUAACUUAGUUCAAUUCCUCAACGGAAGCCGGGAAUUUAGAAAUGAAGGUUACUUGUUGGUCUCUGCAUUCUUGAUAGCAAAGCUUGUUGAGUCAGUGGCAGAGACACAGUAUUUUUUCAAAGUAAGGCAGGCUGGGUUCAGGGUAAGGGCUGCACUGGUUGCCAAAGUCUAUAACAAGGGUUUGACUCUCUCAUGCCAAUCAAGGCAGAGCCAUACAAGUGGAGAGAUCAUCAAUUUUAUGACUGUAGAUGCUGAGAGGAUAGCUGACUUUGUUUGGUACAUCCAUGAUCCGUGGAUUAUACUUGUGCAAAUUGGCCUUGCAUUGGUUAUUCUCUACGAAAAUCUCGGGGGUGCUUCAAUUGUAGCACUCCUUUCUACUGUUAUAGUGAUGCUAGCAAACUUCCCUUUAGCAAAAUUACAGGAGAGAUACCAGGAAAAACUUAUGAAAUCCAAAGAUAGUCGCAUGAAGGCAACCUCUGAGGUUUUAAGGAACAUGAGAAUACUUAAACUUCAAGCUUGGGAGAUGAAAUUUCUAUCCAAAAUCCUUGGGAUCAGAAAUACUGAGGUAGGAUGGUUAAGAAAAUUUGGAUACAUCUCGGCUUUGACUACUUUUGUCAAUUGGGUUGCCCCGUCAUUUGUGUCUGUUGCUACAUUUGGUGCUGCUGUGCUUAUGGGGGUUCCACUUGAAUCCGGAAAAGUACUUUCUUCGCUUGCCACAUUUACUACACUGAAGCAGCCUAUUUACAGAAUUCCAGAUGCAAUUUCAAUGAUAGCUCAGAUUAAAGUUUCUCUUGAUCGAAUUGCAUCAUUCCUUUCACUAGAUGACCUGCAACCUAGUGCUAUUGAGAAGCUUCCUAGAGGUAGUUCUGAUGUUGCCAUUGACAUUGUAGAAGGAAAUUUCUGUUGGAAUGAAACCUCUUCUAGUCCACUUCUAAAAGACAUAAAUGUAAGAGUGUAUCAUGGCAUGAAAGUUGCCAUUUGUGGUACUGUUGCUUCAGGAAAGUCAAGUCUAUUAUCUUGCAUUUUGGGAGAAAUGCCCAAAAUUUCAGGAAGUGUUAAGCUCUGUGGAAGCAAAGCCUAUGUUCCACAGUCGCCCUGGAUACAGAGUGGGACCAUAGAAGAAAAUAUAUUGUUCGGUAUGAAAAUGGACAGCGAGAAGUAUGAUAGAGUUCUUGAAGCAUGUUCCUUAAAGAAAGACUUGGAAGUUCUCCCUUUUGGUGAUCAAACAGUGAUCGGAGAGCGAGGAAUCAAUUUGAGUGGUGGACAGAAGCAAAGAGUACAAAUUGCUCGUGCUUUAUACCAAGAUGCUGACAUUUAUCUCUUUGAUGAUCCAUUUAGUGCAGUCGAUGCUCAUACCGGAACCCAUCUCUUCAAUGAAUGUAUACUUAGACUUCUGGAUUCAAAAACAGUUAUUUAUGUUACACAUCAAGUAGAGUUCUUACCUGCCGCAGAUCUGAUCUUGGUUAUGAAAGACGGAAGGAUUUCACAAGCUGGAAAGUACAACGACAUCCUCAAAUUGGAAAGUGAGUUUAUGGAGCUUGUGGGUGCUCACAACGAAGCAAUAUCAGCAACAGAUUCCUUUGAGGAAAGAAUAGUAACAGUAAGAAACGAGAGCGGUGGAAUGUUGACCACUAAUGAUGCUAUAAAUGAAGAAGCUACAGAUGGUAAAAUUGAUAGCUCUGUAAGACCAAAAGGCCAACUUGUCCAAGAGGAAGAAAGAGAGAAAGGUAGAGUUGGGUUCCUGGUUUACUGGCAAUAUAUUACUAUGGCGUUUGGAGGUUUUCUUGUGCCCUUUAUAUUAUUGGCACAAAUAAUCUUUCAAACACUUCAAAUUGGAAGCAAUUAUUGGAUGACUUGGGCUACUCCGGUGUCAGAAGGUGAGACACCACCAGUUGGAAGCUCUACUCUCCUUCUUGUUUAUGUUGCAUUUGCAAUUGGAAGUUCCUUCUGUGUCCUUGUCAGAGCCUUGCUGCUUGUGACCACUGGAUUCAAAACCGCCACACUACUUUUUCACAAAAUGCAUUUGUGUAUUUUCCGUGCUCCAAUGUCUUUCUUUGAUGCCACACCCAGUGGGCGUAUUCUGAAUAGAGCAUCUACGGAUCAAAGUGUUGUUGAUCUGAACAUUCCCUCUCAAAUUGGAUCAUUUGCCUUCACAAUAAUUGAUACGUUGGGUAUCAUUGCCAUAAUGUCUCUAGUUUCAUGGCAGGUCUUCGUUUUCUUUAUUCCUGUGAUUGCAAUAUGCGUCUAUUAUCAGCGACAAUACUUGCCUUCAGCUCGAGAAUUGGCACGAUUAGCUGGAGUUGCUAAGGCUCCAGUCAUACAGCAUUUUGCUGAAACUCUCUCGGGAGCAACUACGAUUCGAGGUUUUGACCAGGAGUCCAGAUUUUGUGAUACAAAUAUGAAACUAAUAGAUAAUUAUUCUCGGCCCAGGUUUCAUGUUUAUGGUGCUAUGCAGUGGAUAUGCUUUCGCUUGAAUGUGUUGUCUGUAAUCACUUUUGCCUUUACGUUGAUAUUCUUCGUAUCUGUUCCAGUGGGAACUAUUGACGCAAAUUUUGCUGUCUUAGCAGUGACAUAUGGGAUUAAUUUGAACUCGGAAUUGAUUUGGAUUGCAUUAUGUUUUUGCAUUGUAGAGAAUAGUAUUAUAUCAGUUGAAAGAAUAAUUCAGUACACUUGUAUGUCUAGCGAGCCCCCUCUUGUUACCGAAUCUAACAGGCUUGACGCGUGUUGGCCGCCAAAUGGUAGAGUUGAAAUCAGCAAUCUAAAGGUACGAUAUGCUCCACAGCUGCCCCUUGUUUUACGAGGCAUCACGUGCACGUUUUUGGGAGGAAAGAAAACUGGAGUAGUUGGGAGGACUGGCAGUGGUAAAUCAACACUUAUACAGACCCUCUUUCGUGUUGUUGAACCAGCGGAUGGAGAAAUUGUUAUAGAUGGUAUCAAUAUAUCGUCAAUUGGACUGCAUGAUUUGCGGGCUAGGUUGAGCAUAAUUCCCCAAGAUCCAACCAUGUUUGAGGGGACAAUUCGUGGAAAUCUAGAUCCACUCGAGGAGUAUACAGAUGAACAGAUUUGGGAGGCUCUUGAUAAGUGUCAGCUGGGAAGCGAAGUUCGUAAGAAGGAAGCUGGGCUCGAUUCUGCAGUUACUGAAAAUGGCGAGAAUUGGAGCGUGGGUCAGAGGCAACUCGUCUGUCUCGGGCGAGUGCUGCUGAAGAAGAGCAAGAUUCUGGUACUUGACGAGGCUACAGCGUCUGUUGACACCAUGACAGACAAUCUGAUCCAGCAAACUCUGAGGCAACACUUUUCAGAUUCCACUGUCAUAACAAUUGCGCAUAGGAUAACCUCGGUGCUAGACAGUGACAUGGUUCUGCUCUUAGAUAAUGGGGUUGUUGCUGAAAAUGACACUCCAGCAAAUCUGCUGGAUAACAAAUCGUCGUUAUUCGCAAAGCUUGUGGCUGAAUAUACCAUGAGGUCAAGUAGUUCUGGUUUCGAAAAAUUGUCGUGAAUACAACAAUCAGAUUGUACGAGGCUUGGUUAAUGUUUCAGGCUUUCAGCUUUGGAUUAAUAAUGUAGGAUGCUCUAAAAUGUUAAAAUGUCAGGUUUGAAGAAGGUGUAAUAAACAUAUUUGCUUCCUGUCCAUAUUUCCAGUGUAGCUAUGUCCAUUCGUUAAAAGAACUAUGGUAGUGGACAAUCUUGGCUUUACAGAAGAGUAUAAACAUGUAAAAGAAGAUUUUAUUUUUUAUUUUGUUGAAUAUAAAUAUAUAUGUUUUGUGUUGGAGAAAAUAAAA